GAAGCAGACGACGCCGUAUUCCAUCCACGCCAAGCCGCUYUCCGAAAMAGUCCAUGCAAGGGGCACGCUCUCUGCCGGSAUCGCUCGCCGGGAUGCGGCUGUKUCGCGGCACCCCACCGGCGACAAGGACAACCCGUCGCAACAGCCACUGCCGUGGCCCGCUGCGGGGAGCGAGGCACUCGUACUUCCUUGACCGAACGAAAAAAGGCUUUCCCCCGCUAGGGUUCUUCGCGCCCCCGAAUCCGGGGGUCCGUCUCCGGCCCUUUUCGUCGGCCACCCCGCGGGAAUCCCCGGUACCAGCGGAAGCAGCACCACCUUCGUCAGCAACAGCAACAACAACAACAACGGCCGCGCCGUCGUCGCGGAUCGCCACCGAAGCCGCCGCCGCUUCCGGAAGCGGCGACCCGGAGUCCACCUCCUCGUCGUCGUACUUCGGGGCCCUCCUGCGCCGGCUGGCCUGCUCGCUGGGGAUCGUCUACGCGGUCACCGAGUACGGCAUCGAGUGGACGGUCUGCGAGGGGCCCUCCAUGCUGCCCACGAUCCGGCCCUGCGGAGAAAUCGUCCUGAUGGACCGGCUGACGCCGCGCCUGUGGGGGCUGUCGAACGGGGACUCGGCUAGGGGGCGAACCGAAGCCUGCCGGGCCGCCCAGGAAAAACACGAACGAGACCUCCGGAGGGAGCGGCUCCUGCGGUACCACCGCGAAAGGGAGGAGGAGAAGGGGGAGAACACGAACACGAACACGAAAACCGGGGCGGGCUCUCCGAAACAAGGAGAUACCCGGACCSAGUCGAAACCAGYGGGGCCAACCAACCCUGCCCACGGAAGCGAUGGUGCGGCCAUCGGCAGCUCGAAGAGCGACUCGCCGCCGGGAGGACCUCCCUCCGGUGGGGACGCGGCACCUUGUGUUUGGUACGAGCCGCGGAUCCCCGUCGACAAGCUCCCGCCGGAGGGGGCCUGGGACCGGUUUCGGGAGCGCCUCUCGACYGGGAUCWCCGUGGGGGACGUGGUGGUCCUCCAGCACCCCGAUCGGAUCGGAACCGUCUGCAAGCGGGUGGUGGGCCUCCCGGGGGACGUAAUCGCCAAGCCGUCGAGCCGGCUGGGGGCCGAGAAGCUGUUGGACGCCCUCCACGGCGGCGCAUCGGCCGGCCCGGCCGGCGAGACCGUGGCCCAGCGCCGCCGCCGGAUCCGCAGGGCGGUCCGCCGUGCGGGCGGCACCGAGGUCCCCGACGGCCACGUCUGGGUGGAGGGGGACAACCCGUGGAACUCGAACGACUCGAGGAACUACGGGGCCGUUCCGGCCGCGCUGAUCACGGGCCGGGUGGUCUGCCGGCUCUGGCCCCUCCGGGGGAACGCCAUGCUGGAGCGGGGGCCCCGGCCCUCGGGGGAGGGAAACGACGACGGAAGCCGGCCCUCCCUGGCCUUUUCCGGGAGCAUCGCRAUCCCCGCCGGGUGGGACGGCCAGCGGAUCGUCCGGGAGCCGCCCGAACGCGCGAGCCAACCGUAGCCGGUGYKGAGGRGGACACMAGASCAAAUCGAAGCAAACGACGGUCGGCAGUGGCUUCCGAAACGGACGGCGAGUCGCUCUAGCUCCAAAUGCCGAAGGAAAGAGGUUUUGGAACGCCCGGGGCUGGCURCGGAUCUCGAUCUCGGGGCUGGCUUCUGGAACCAUGCCGGACGCUCCGAUGGGUACUCGUACGCAAUCCUUGUGCAGAAUGCCAGGACAUGCACGCACGCACGUCCGCACGUCCGCACACACACAUACACACACACACACACACACAUACACAUUCCGGUUUUCUCGAAACGGGCGUCCAAAGGUUCAUCGAUUGCCAUGCUUCGGGUUAGCCUUUCUCCCUUGACCCGGCGCCAUUGCUCGAGAUGUACGAAUAUUUAAGCCGCUGCCAACAACGAUAUUGAACAAGUGCAGGUCUUUUUCCGUCAGCUUUGCCUUGGAUACACUCACGGCUGCGUGUCUGUGGGAACCGGAUUCAAGGGGCAAUGGAAAGAURCACGGGCUGUAGAAAUUCGGCCCCAGGCUCUGUACUUUUUGCGUACGAAAUACUUUGUACUCAUCAACGGCUUGCUUGAGAUCGGGAGCCAAAAUGUUAGUCGGUCAAUUUUCAAUGCUCGGCUUCUGCAACAAGUUUCGUACUGCAGAUCUUUGGAUGUAUUUUUAAAGAGAUCAGGACCUACCUUUUGCACCAAACAGGAUUUGAGUGGUAGUGAGUUUUGCAUGAAUUCAAUAGUACGGUACCUUAGACCGCAAGUUUAUCGUCGCUAAGAAAAAAUAGUACUACUGCGAAAAGGAGAAUAAAUUAAUGUUUCGAUACUCGGAUUGCUGUAUAAUAACAGAGGAGAAGGAACCACUGKGAUCCCAUAAUUUUCCCUUCCCCAAUCAUUGUUCGUUCAAAUACUCGCAAUAAUCAACACUAGGAAGC